AUGUUCGUCGGUGACCAGAGAUGGUGGCGUGCUGCACAGGUGUUGGCCGGUUUGGAGUUUGAGGUUGCGCCGGAUGUGAAAGCAGCUGCUGUUAACCGCCGCGACUGCGCCAGACACUGUUGUGUCAGGCCAAGCAAGGUCCGCCAGCGGCAAACUCAAAGAUUAGCAGCAUCGGUUCCCGCCGGGGUGGAGUUUGUUAUUGCGCCAGACUUGAAAGCAGCUUCUGUUAACGGUCGAGGUUGCGCCAGGGUCC